UCAUUACGCAAAUUUUUUUUUAUACUUAGUAUAUCACGUGUAAGUCGAGAUUGACUAAUUUUAUGAGAUAGAAGUAUAAAAAAAUUGAAAAUUGGCGAAUACAGUAAUCGAGCAUAGGUCAAUUUUUAAAGUCAGAGCCACCACAUUCCAAGGCUCCUGUAUUCCCCCUACCCGAAAUCAAAACUCCAAGACGGAUGUAAUAAGCAUAUACUCACCAAGCGGUCUCUCGUUUAGGUAUUGGUUUUUUCUUAGCACAUAUAAGGUUUGAUUCUUCCGGCCGGUGAAUCCCCUUCAUCUGUGUCCGGCGCUAGGAUUGGAUUUGAGGCAGAUUGACAAGAAUUCUUACCCAAGCUUGAAGACAUCGAAGGCAGAGUUCGGCGAUCAAUUUCUUCGUGAGCAGGGUAGUAAGGGCCUGACAGUGAUGAAGAUGACCGCUAGCGGUAGAUUUGCUACGAGCGCGGGACGGGGAGAGUUGUACGGAUUUCGAGCAAGCCAGAUGAUGAUUUACUAUGGAGGAUCAUUUAGAGUGGUACGAAGGAUACGACCUCCUCCUGAACCACCGUCAUUGGUUGUGAGAGAUGCUAGAGUCUGUGAAAGUUUUCCAAUAAGUUUUCAUUAUUUUGUCAUUUUGUUUCUUGUUAUCGUCUAUGUUGUUAGGUUUGUAAGUUUGUUUGGGAAUUUAGCCUUGUUUUAUGUCAUUGAGCAUGUUUGGAUCUAUGGGAAUACGUUUGGCUGUGUCAAGCCCAUUACAUGGUUAGCGAUUCGUGUUGCUCUUUCAGGGGUGACCGUUUCUAAUGCUCAUCAUAGGGUUUAUAGUCGUAGUUGUUGGAGUCUAGUUGGU